GUUAUAAAAGAGGAGGCAAAAAGAUCAGUGGGCAGUGCUAGCGAGCUUGCAGUCAUGGAGAAUACACAGAGAUGCGCGAGUGGCUAUAAAAUAUUUGGACAAGAAAUCAUAGGUGCAUUCACUUUUACAAACUACCGACUGGUUACCGUGUGUCUGGGGCUGCUGAACGCUGCCUUGCUGAUAGUCGCUAUUGUUAUCGGAAUUAAGUGCGCUAAUGUCAAAGAGGGCUCCCUCAAUGCUUCCCACUUGGCUGUGACCAGCGAGCUCGACUACCUUCGUAGCAACCACAGCGACUUGACCAAAGCUGAAGAGGAGGCCAACAGGGCUUUGGAGACUGCGCGUAAAAAUCACACACAACUAAAGGUGAAGAUCGAGCAGCUGAAGGCCAUAAAUGACGAUUAUCAGAGACAGUAUGUGGCACUGCGAAAGGAGAAGGGGAUCCUGCAGUCCGAUGUGUCGUCUUUGGAGGGAACUUGUGGCAGGUGUCCCCCUGGAUGGAUUCUUCUCAACUCAUCCUGCUAUUUCCUUUCUUCCACCGUGUCCCCCACUGUCAGAAAGACCUGGUCAGACAGCAGAGACGACUGCAUUAGUCGUGGGUCGGACCUGGUCGUGAUUGAUGACCAGGAAGAACAGAAAUUUGUGAGUGUCGUUAUUGAGAAUGCGAGUAAAGGACGCAACGUCUGGGAAAACGGUUUCUGGAUCGGCCUCACUGAUGCAGGCGAAGAAGGGACAUGGUUGUGGAUUAAUAACGUCACUGAGGUGGAACAACGGUACUGGAAGGACGGAGAACCAAAUGACAUGGGCAGGGCUGGAGAGGACUGUGCACUUGUAUUUCCAAGCCCUUCUAAUCCAUGGAAAACCCGCAACGAUGCCAACUGCCAGCAACAUCAAACACUCUGGAUAUGUGAAAAGACAUCAGACUACAACAAACUCACCGACACCCACCUCACACUUGACGACACUAAGGCCAUCAGCAAAGAGCCGGUCAGAAACCUGAAUUCUUCCAAGACGGCAGAGGAAAACAUAAAGAGCGCCAAAAAGCAGCUGGCUAGUGAGCUGAGUCUCCAGAAGGAAACCAAGUGGGAGUUUGAGUACCAGACAAAAAGAAGCACUGAAUACCAAAAGAAGAUCGAUAAAAUGACGACAGACAUCAUGAUGCUGAGAUCAAACUUACCACUGAUCAGUGAGAGAUCUGUUACUGGCGCUAAAGCCAAAGACCUCGAGGUCCCUCAGUCGGACGCUGCGCCUCUCACCGUCGAGCUGAACUAUCUCCGCAACCGCAGCGGCAUCAUCCAAGCAAAGCUGGACGCGCAAGCAAAGCUGGUGAAAGAGCGCAACAACCACGUGGAACUAAAGCUGCAAGUGAAGCAGAAGAAAGCCCUCACCGACACCCUUCAGAGGAGAAUUGAAACACUACAAAUAGAGAAGACAAGUCUCCAGUCCAACAAAACUGCCUUAGAGAAAAGCUGUGGCAGAUGCCCACCAGGAUGGAUCCUUCUGAAAUUAUCUUGUUAUUAUUUUUCUCGCAAUGAAAUGGCUUCCAGGAAGAACUGGUCGGACAGCAGGGCAGACUGCCUCAGCAAAAAGGCCGACCUGCUUGUGAUCAACAGCUUGGAGGAGCAGCAACUCAUCAGUGAAAACUUCGUGAGGCAGACCGGCGGUGUCUCCUGGUGGGAGGGCGGAUACUGGAUGGGCCUCACCGACGUGGCGACGGAGGGAACGUGGGUCUGGGUCAACAACGUGACCGAGGUCUCGCCGCUGUACUGGAGGAGCGGGCAGCCUAGCCACAGCGGACCUCUGAGAGGGAACUGCGGGGCCUUCUUGCACUACACGGACAAUUUAAAGACGUGGUUCAACGCGAACUGCACAGACACUCUACUGAACUGGAUCUGUGAGAAGGAGCUGAAGGAGACGUUUCUCAUCUUAACGGCGAAAAUGGGGGACGGAGAAAAUUCCGGUGGCUUCUUUGAAAGCACGUAUAACAAAUUGGUCUCUCAAGAGGACGUCAGGGUGGACGAGCGCCCUUUCUACUCAACCCAGGGGAGGCAACGAGUUUCCAUGUCCAAACUGAGGUCCGCGUCCAGUGUGAAUCAUUACAAGUGCCUUGCAGUGGGCCUGGCUGCGCUCGCCACAUUUCUUCUAGCAGUCAACAUCGGCCUGGGAGUUUAUUACAGCAAACUGACGGAUGGGAAGCAUCUGAUAACGGACAUCGGGAGUGAGAUGGCCAAAGUGCGGGCCAAUUACGACUCAGCCAUCCAAGCCAGGGACGAAGCCAAGAAACAGCUGGAAAAGGAGCUGAGCGAGCAGCAGAUCACCAAGUGGGAGCUCGACCACCAGACCAGGAGAAACAGGGACUACGAGAAGCAGGCUGACAAAAUUCAAACAGACCUGGCAGCGUUGCGAUCCCACAUACCGAUGAUUAAAGAGGGCUGCAGACACUGUUUACCAGGAUGGACUUUCAUGAACUCUGUGUGUUACUUCUUCGCCUUCCCCGAUUCCCUUUCGCGCAGAUCGUGGCCGGAUGCCAGACAAUUCUGCAAGAAGCAAGGAGGCGACCUGGCUGUGAUGAACACCAGAGAGAAACACCUGGCAGCAAUGGAACUGAUAAACAGUUAUCAUGACCACACGAGGAACAUAUACAACAGCGGCUUCUGGAUAGGACUGAGGGACUCAGAGGAGGAAGGGACUUGGAGGUGGCUGGAUGGGACAAGUAUGGCUGACGGGUACUGGAAUGACGGCGAGCCCAACAACCAGAACAACGAGGACUGCGCAGCUAUGUAUCCCAGAAUCAACCCCUUUAAGGGGUGGAAUGAUGCCCCAUGCAGUUAUGGCCUGAAAUGGAUUUGUGAAAUGGCAUCCAGAUCAAUAGGUUAAUGCAGUUGUUUUGGUUUAAUAGUUUGAAUGAAGCACUAACUCCUCCUGAAUUGGUACUUUUUUUUUUAUUGUCAUGUCUGUUAAAACUACAAAACAGCAAGAAAGGUUAAAAUAUUAAAAAUACCUCUGAGUUACGAAGGGAACUAUAAAAUGUAUGCCAAUUGUUUCACUGUAAUAAAUAAAAUCUUUAUCUUUA